AGAGAAUCAUUGUAGAUCCUUAUCAUCUCUCCGUUUUUAACUUAAUUAAAAAAUCAGAAAAGUGCAGAAAAAGCGCUCUUCUUUAUUCACUUCACAGUUUUCCAUUUGUUUUCUAAGCGCGUGUUCUUCAGUAAUCCAUACGAUACGUUUAUGUGAAAUACACGCUCUAAUUAGGCACGUGGUGAUUGAACAGAACUACUUGCCCCUGUGUCUCAUCUUGUCUGAAAGACAUUUACUAUAAGUAUCUGUUUUUUCUUGAGUGCAUCGUAAAAUCGUAAAAAGGAAAAACACAAAAUCGAUAUCUUCGCCUCUUCGGUUGAUAAAAUUAUUUUGGAAAAAAAUCAUUCAUUUAAAUGAAGAGGAGCAGCGAAACGAAGAGACGGAGGAACGUGGCAGAGGAGGCGGAGCAGGGAGGAGGAGAAGAUCCGGCGAUGUGGGAGAGUCUAGAUCGGAAUUUCAGACAAGUGCAAUCGGUUUUGGACAGAAACAGAUCACUGAUCCAGCAGGUCAACGACAAUCACCAAUCAAGAAUGGCAGAUAACAUGUCCAAGAACGUCGCUUUGAUCCAAGAACUCAACGGAAACAUCUCUAAGGUUGUUUCCAUGUAUUCUGAUAUAAACACCAAUUUCUCAUCGGCCUUUCACGGUGGAAAUAACGGACACGAGGGUGGUGGUGGUGGAGCCGGAACCAGAGCUAACUAAAUCAAUUGUCAUCUUUCAUAGUUGGACCUGCCGGUUUGAAAAAUUUGACCAGACGGUUUGUAAACAACGAUCUAAAACCUAUUUACUAUAAAGUUAUGUUAUGUUAGUUUUGUUGCAAUGAUUGUCGCUAGAAAAACCCGUAGAGAAAACUCAUCAUUUGGGUUAUUUUAAUUAUGGUUUGUGUCUUUUUCAAUGUGUCUCUACUGCAAUUUCUCUAUCAUAGUAAUUUUUUCCCAUCUUA